GCCGGAGACUCGAUCAAACUCAGCAAAAAAUAAUGGCUUCUGCAACUCCCAUUUCUCCUCCCUCCCUGCUCUCCUCCUCCUCCGCCGCCAAGCUUCGCCUGACUCCACCGCCGACCGCCGCCUUCCCUUCCUCCAGAAGAACGCCGCCCGCUUCCCGACCGGUGACGGUGGUCGCGGCCAUCGGAGAGGUAUCCUCCAACAGCACCACCUUCCUGGUGGCCGGAGCCAUCGCCGUGGGGCUCAUCGGCACUGCGUUUCCAAUUCUGUUCGCUCGCAAAGACAUAUGCCCGGAGUGCGACGGAGCGGGAUUUAUACGGCGGUCGGAGGUGGCGCUGAGGGCGAACGCGGCGAGGAAAGAUCAAGCUCAAAUAGUUUGCCCUAAUUGUAAUGGCCUGGGGAAACUGAGGCAAGUCGACAAGUAGGAGAACCAAUUUGAAAUUCGAGAUGGUAAUUUGUAAGAGACCCAUCAAAUCAUAAAUUACGUCCUCAAAUUGUGUAUCGUUGUUGUGAUUUUGUAUUUCUGAGUGUAUGAGCACGGUUUUAACGCUUGUAUUGUAAUUAAUCAGAGACUUGUAAGGUUGAGGGUUAUUUUGUGGAGUGCGUUGUGUAUUUUUCACUUUUCUAUUAAAUAUAUUUCUCGGUUUUUGAGUA